GAAACGUGUCGUAAUGUCAAACUUUUGACAUUUCACUGUGCGUGAGAUGUGCUUCGGUCCCCAUCAAAGUAGAUAAGUUUUCCUCUGUCUACCCUUAUCUAUCUUUUACGCCGGCCGGAGACCCUAUCUAUUGUGAUAAUAUCGAAGCGAGGUAACAAUAGGCGUUUUUGCAGUGACCUCAUAAUCAAUACAUAAUUUAACACCAAGGUUAGAAACAGGUGUACAAAGUUCGGUCGCUAUGGCUGCGAUGAAAAAUACCAAGAAUAUUAAACUUUUCACCUUUCUGGCUUCGAAAUGUAAUACUCAAGUGAGCACGAGAAGAUUCUUGAACCUACAAGAGUACCACAGCAAAGAUCUAUUAAGGAAGCAUCAGGUAUCAGUUCAGGACUUCCGUAUUAUUGAUACCAAACUAGAUCCUAAACCACUCGGCGACUUCAAAGCUGAUGAGUACGUGGUGAAGGCCCAGAUCCUAGCCGGCGGCAGAGGUAAAGGUCAUUUCGAUAAUGGAUUUAAAGGGGGAGUUCAUUUGACCAAAAAUCCCAAAGACAUAAUGGGCUUAGCAAAAAAUAUGUUAGGUCAUAAAUUAAUAACCAAACAGACUCCAAAGGAAGGCAUAAAAGUAGAAAAAGUCAUGGUGGCCGAGAGUGUAAACAUCAAACGCGAGACAUAUUUGAGCAUAAUAAUGGAUAGAAGUUUUAAUGGUGCAGCUUUGGUAGCAUCGCCAGCAGGUGGCAUGGAUAUAGAGGCUGUGGCGGAGAAAACGCCCCAUUUAGUGAAGACUUUGCCCAUUGACAUAUAUGAGGGCAUUUCUGAUACUGUAGCAAUUGAGAUUGCAGAUUUCUUAGAGUUCAAAGGUGAUCUAAAGAAGAAAUGUGCUGAGGAGAUUAAAAAAAUGUGGCAAUUGUUUACAAAGGUGGAUGCAACCCAACUUGAAAUAAACCCUUUAGUGGAGACAGACGAUGGACGAGUGGUUGCUGUGGAUGCUAAGAUCAACUUUGAUGACAAUGCUCAGUUCAGGCAGCAAGAGAUAUUUGCAUUGGAUGAUGAUUCUGAAUCAGAUCCUAGAGAGAAAGAAGCAGCUGCUCUCAACCUCACAUAUAUAGACAUGGAUGGAAGCAUUGGCUGUAUGGUGAAUGGGGCUGGUCUGGCCAUGGCCACUAUGGACCUGAUUGCACUGAGUGGUGGCCAGCCUGCAAAUUUCUUAGACCUUGGAGGAGGUGUGGGUCAAGCACAGGUCUCGGCAGCGUUGAGGAUUUUGGAGUCAGAUCCGAAAGUGAAAGUUGUAUUUGUCAAUGUUCUUGCUGGCAUUGUGAACUGUGCUACAGUUGCUAACGGAAUCGUGGCAGCUUGCAAAGCAAACCCACCAAGGCAUCCUAUAGUCAUCAGGCUGCAAGGUACAAACUCAGCCACAGCUAAGAAAAUCCUUGAGGAGUCCGGCUUGCCCUUGCACAUGAUAAAUGACGCGGAUAAAGCUGCCCAAACCGCAGUGAGAUUAGCUAAUUCUAAGUAAAAAAGAAACUAAACAAGCAAAAGAAUCAACACUUUUAUGUUCAAUAUGAAAUGUUAGUCCUCAAACAUUUAAAGUGAGACAACUUCAUGUUGGUAAUGAAUUAAUGAUGAACAUGGUGUUGAUGCAAAAUUAUCUUUACAGGUUUUUAUGUUACAGGAAUUGUUAUGUUAAUCAUAGUUUAUGUAGUGAGAUGUAUUACACCAUUUAACUAAUACAAAAUCAUUUUGAAGACUGAUUUGCUAACACCAUACUAAAAUUGUACAUAAUGUUUUUGUAUUUUUCUUUUAUUCAAUGAAAUGGUCUUCCAUGUACUUGGCUUUGUUUUAAUCUAUAUCGUCCGAUGUAUGAAAAUUAGAGUUGUUAUUGGAA